AUGAAUAUGAGCGAUAUAAUAUAUCAUCCCCUAGAUGCCAAUAAUCCACAAGAUGCCCUCGAUGUGAAAAGAUUGGUUGAUUUGGACAUUUCUGAACCAUAUUCAAUCUAUGUUUAUCGAUUUUUCUUAAGCCAAUGGCCAAAUUUAUGUAUACUAGCAAAGUGUGAAGGCAAGACGGUAGGAGCAAUAAUAGCAAAAUUGGAACGGCAUAGAAAUGUACGAAUGAGAGGUUACAUCGGAAUGGUAGUGGUUAAUAGAUCAUACAGAAAGCAAGGUAUCGCGAAAAAAUUGGUGAAUCUUGUGAUUGAAGAGAUGGUGAAGGAGAAAGCUGAUGAAAUAAUCUUAGAAACUGAGGUGAUCAAUGAGGCAGCAAUCGGCUUGUAUGAAAAUAUCGGAUUUUUAAGGGUAAAAAGAUUGCAUAGAUAUUACUUGAACCAACAUGACGCUUAUAGAUUAGUAUUGCCAAUAACUGACAAAAGUUCGAUAAGAUCAGCUUUUCUACCACCACCAGAUAGUAUAAUUUAG